GUAGAUACUCAUUGCAAACCUCAUUAUUGGAGAUAUAUUGGUCUUUUUCAAUUAUAAACUCACCUCGACAGGACAAUUGUCCACAACACCCACUGCCCAUCCAGUGUGUACCUAUCGCGGGGGCCGUCAUCAGCCCCACUACUCUGUGCAAAUACACUCAAUCUCCAGCCUGCAGUCUGUCCCUAACAAAUCGCCAUCCACAGACCGACCUAAACAUAAUCAGCAUCGAGGCCCAGCAUCUGACAGACAACCACCUCACCUUACCUCAUCUUCACCUCUCCAAAAAUCUCAAAAUGAACACCCUCAAUCUCCAAGAAAUAGACUCCCUCGAGGCCACCGUCAUCAUCGACAAUGAACUCGAUCCACUCUCCCCGCCAGCACCCAACACCGUCCAGAUUACUGGGACAUUGGGCACCAUCGGAUUGAACUCGAGACAUAACCUCACUGAUCGCGGUGGUGCAUGCAAAGAAAUGCGUAUGGAGGAUAUUUGUUGCGCGGCACACGGUCUGUCGAUUCUGGUGACUGCAACCAAAGGUGAUACAAAGCAUGCUGUGCUGUUUGAUGCUGGUCCUGAAGAGGAUGCGUGGGAGAGGAAUGUGAAACGAUUAAGACCGGAUCUUGCUUCUGUCGAGGUUAUUCAGUUAUCGCAUUGGCAUCGAGAUCAUUCAGGCGGUCUUUGCCAGGCUAUUCGCAUGAUCAAAGACGCUAAACAGAGCCAUGGCCGCUCAGAUGAUCUAGUAAUAGACCUACACCCAGAUCGACCAGUCUACCGUGGUAUCGCUCUGCCCGAGGAUAUCAUAUCUCUCGAAGCAGAUCCCACCUUCGACGAACUAACAGACGCGGGUGCCGUCGUGAACAAAUCAAACGAAGCACACACAGUCCUCGAUGACAUGUUCUUGAUAUCCGGAGAGAUUCCCCGACUCACGCCCUACGAGACAGGCCUUAAGAACGCAGUGCGAUAUGAUCCCGAGGAAAAUGACUGGUAUUCAGAUGAACUUAUCGCUGACGAACGCUUCCUCGCUUGUAACAUCAAAGGGAAAGGAAUCGUCGUCUUUACCGGCUGCAGCCACGCCGGCGUCGUCAACACGACUAAGAACGCACUCGAUCUCAUUGGAAACGAUGUACCACUUCACACAGUGGUUGGCGGCUUUCAUCUUGCUAUGAGUGAUGAGGUGCAGAUCCAGAGUACAGUGGCUGAUUUGAAACGCCUUGAUCCUGCCGUACUCAUGCCGGGACACUGCUCGGGUUGGCGGGCUAAGUUUGCGAUCGAGAAAUCCAUGCCUGGUACUCUAGUUCCAUGUACUGUGGGCAUCAAGAUUACCUUUUAGACUGUUCAUGCGGAGCUCUGCACUUCCAUUUCAUACUACAUUUUCUCUGAGCGUUCUGCUGGUUGAAUCUGAUCUGAUCAGAUCUGCUCUGCUCGAUCAAAUCUCAAUGAUAACAUAUCGGGUGUUGCUCCUAGCAACAUAUUAUUCUCGCAAGGGAUGAAUCGUGUCACGGGGCUGGAGUGCUCGGCUAACUUACUUUGCUCUUGUUGAUGGGAUCUCGAUCCUAUGAGAUCAUGCUUCUCCCUUGCUGCAUUGUUCCGUUUUCUGUUCCGUACGAUUGGGAGAAUGUGGGAACGAAAGGGAGGAGGGUUUGGGGUUGUUAUCUAAGAUCCAGGUGAAGAUUGCCGUUUUGGGAUGGAUGAAGUUGAGAUCGCUUGAUCGUGCCAUUUUGGAAAACGAGGCACUGUUUUAUGGGUAGAGAGACCUUUUUUCUUUUAUUUUGUACUUUUGAAAUACUGGAAAUAUAUAGGUUUCCAUUAAGAUGGUGCCACAGAUUCAACUGAGGCAGCUGUUUCUGAAGUAUAGCAUCCCAAUCUGUGUCAAAAUAUAUAUCCAGCCCAACCAUCUACUGUCCCUGUAUUUACGCGCAAUGUUGCCAGAUUAUUGAGAGUACCGUUAUUUUACCAAAUGAGAAUCUUUCAGUUACAAGUCAGGCAUGUUUUUAGCAUUCGAGAAGUUGACCUUGACCUUCGGGCGUGAGGUUAAUUCGCGGGCGGCCACGCUUAAAAGAUCAGAUAGCAUUUACAUACAAUCAUGUCGGACCAAUGGCAAGACAGUUGAAUUAUAGUUGGGGAAAACCUAGGUACGCGUAUCUUCUACGAGUCCAAGUACGCCCUUUCACUAAAAAAACUGCAACAGCCUCCAGUUUAGCUCCGGACUGGAAGUGCCGGAAACAUUCAAUGUGAUAACUGUUCCAUUUCACCCGUUCAACAAUUAGCCGGUCUGGCAUCAACCUUGUCAUCAAAUAACAAUAGCAAAACCCUCAAUUCUCGCGGGCGACUUUCCAUGUUCCAAUCUGCACACCGGAGGAUGGUACAUAUUUGGCCAAGACCUACCACGACACCCACAGCUUAACCCAGUCUACCGUUACUCUGCUAGAAGCGAAACAACAAAUAUAGCCAUCUUCUAGGUUAGCGGCGUAGAUCACUGUAAAACAAAGCAAUGUAACCACCCUCGGCGCCACGCCGGACAUCAACAAUAAAGCCGACGAGGCAACCUCUCUACUGCACCUACGGGCCACGGCCACUGCCACGUCUUAAGGUUAGUU